AAAAAAAAAAAAAAAAAAACAUUUAUAGACAUUUGAAAUCAAUUACUCGUGGCAUUAUUUCUCCUAACAUUCGUUCUCCUAACAACGUGUGGAUGAAAAAGCAGCUUAUUUUUCGCUGCCUUUCUGAUGUUGUCACUGCUUCACUAACAAGUAUUACAUCCUCUCCUGUACCUGAUAAGAAACAACGGCUGAUAAGAAUAAAAUUAGAGUUUAAUUUGAGUCUAAAAUAUGCUUGAUUUUGCUGUACGAAGAUAAACAAUAACAAUAUCCAAAAGGUCAUGGCAACAACAGGAGGUUCUGUUUCACUUUCUAGCUUCCGUUCACCAUCUUUUCGCCGUAGAGCUAAACCCGUAUUGCCUGCUGAUUCACUUGAACUGAGACACCUCAAAACGUGCAAAUGUAGGAUAGUCCCUUCUAGCAGAAAUGUUUUCUGCUUUGCAGCCCAUGAAUCUUCUUCAUCUGUAACUGUUGCUGCCGAAACGGAGGAGAAGAAAGAGUCUGAGACUGCUGAAGAAACAGGUCCGGCAAAACCAAAGCCAAAGCUAAAGGCUGCUGCAAAAGCUCCAGCAAAGUCGCUAGCUCAGAUGAUGGAGGAGGAUGUAAUCCCUUCACUGAAAGCAAUUUUUGAAGCCCAAAACGACAUCCGUGAGCUCGACCUAUCAUUUAAUGACAACAAGCUGGAGGGCUCAUUUCUAAAGAAGGGCAAUCCAUAUUCAUUUUGGGCAUUCUUUCCGGAUGGACUCACAGGUCCUAGAGGUUUCUCUUUGUCCUCCUAUGGUUCUGGAGUAAGCACUGUGGAACCUUUUCUUGUUGAUGAGAAAAAGAUAACCGCAAAGCAUGUUGUGUUCUGGGUUGAGAAGCGCUUAGCUGCUCAAGGAAUUAUUCCUGUCUGGAAAGUAUAAUGUCUUCUCAGUGUAUAUUGACUUUUACCUUUCUCCCUUUUCCUCUUUUCUUUUGCUGUUAAAAGGUCCAUAGAAGCAUGCUGUGUAUUCCAUUUAUAUGUAAUCAACCCUUCCGCUUCCUCUUCCUCUUCCAAUGUGUAUGUUAAAAACAAAUGUACACUUACCACAAGAAUGAAAUUUCAUGUUUCCUCAAUGCCAA